ACCGCCUAGUAUUUUACUCUACACAGUGUCGCCAUUACGCUAGCCUAUACGGCCUCCGGAUCAUUUAUGUUUACUGAACUAUUAAUUGUGGAAUUUGUCACUGGAAUUUAACAUUUUUUCGCGAUCGGAUAACCAAGAGCAUAUGGAUUAUAGUUAUGUCAUGCCUGUAGUAUGAGCGGAGCAAAUUCAGCGGCGAAUGGGGCCAGUUUGGAAGAUUGCUACACCAACUUGUUCGCCGUGGCCGACUUGUCUGGGAUAAGAUGGCGACACUAUAGUUGGAUCCGCCCCACAGAGCCGGUAGCGCCGCUGGAGGACCCUGUUCUGCAGUCUUAUGCAAAAUGCAUCAAGGCAAACAUUCUGAGUGUAUGGCGGUGCCACAAUACUGUGAGGGCCGACCUUUUUGCCGGCUCUGAAACACAGAUACAGAGUAAAGAAUUGUGGAUUUAUUGGUACGGAGAUGAGCCCAACUUCGAGGACUUAAUCGCACCAGAGAUACAAGAUGCUGUCCAGGCCCAGGGUGUAUGGGAUAACUGCAUGUCCUAUGAAUGUCGGACAUUACUCUUCAAAUCCUUCCACAAUUCCAUAGAAAGAUGUCUACUAAGUGGUGGCUAUGUCCGGUUAGGGAGAUGGUUUGUGAAGCCAUUCGCCAGCUAUCCUAUUCCAGGAGAAAACCUCAGUGACCAUCAUUCUGUGAGUUUCUCCUUCUUUCUUCACGGAGAGAAAACGGUGUGCAGCAAUGUCGAAGUGGGCCUGCAUCAACCCGUCUGCCGGCUUACCGCUGAUCAUCUAGCCAUCGCUCAGGGUUCAGCAACCGCAGUGCCGGUGAUCCUGUCCCCGUAUGGCCUGAGUGGUUUCUUGACCGGUCAAGCCUACAAGUCCACACACCAGACUGCCCAGAGGAUCCUCUACGAAUGGAAGCUCUUCUACCCCAUCAAGCAACAGCAGACGUCGAAAGGAGAGCACGAUCGUCACCACCACCACCACCAUCAUCAUCAUCACCAUCACCAUAAUCAGCACCAUCCGCAUCAUUACCACCCUGGUUACAGAGACGAGGAGGAGGACAACACGGUCCCUGCUGUGGUGGAGGUUCAUGUCGGGAGUUACCUAACGGAUGGCUACCUGACGGGCGGAAUCCGCAUGCUCUAUCCCAGCUGCUAUGUGUUGGUACCUCAGAGUGAGUUCUCCCAUCAUCAUGCUAUGGCUGUCCAGGCAGGGGGCUACAUCCCGCCCCCUUCCAUGGGGCUGGGGCAUGGCAAGAUCAAUGGACCUGCUACACCAGGAUUGUCAUCUGUUGCCCUCACCCCUCCGACCUCCCCUCCCGACCAGCAGCUCCCGCCCGGAGAUGGAUCAGGAGCCCUCUACACGGGAGGCUCCACCCUGGAUCCCAGCCUGGGAGACGACGGAGACGACUCCUGCACCGGAGCCCUCAUCCACAAGGUCACCUCCAAGGUGUGGUCCCAGUGGCUGACGGAGACCGCACCUCCCACGCCCCCUAGCGGUGGUGCUGGUGGUGGUGGUACCCUGCCUAAUGGCUCCAUGGCUUCUACUCCGGGUACCAUCACCAAUACAAGUGGUAAUACUGGAACAAUGAGUAGCCAGCAGUCGUCACUUGAACCUUGCAGUAUUAGUACGGAAGAUAACAACUCAAGCUUGGAGACCAAGCCAUCCUUGGUGCCCCCGCCCCAACCCUCCCCUACGGCCAACCAGAUCACCUGGCAGUUCCACGACCCUUCCUCGAAGACGGAUUGCGCUUGCUCAAGGAGGAAGUGGAGGGACUUGAAGAGGCAAAAGGUGCUGAAGCUGAAAUCCCGAAGCAAGUCGCCGUCGUCUACUGGGUCCACGCACUCUGGCCAUUCUGGUAUUGGCAAUCCCGCGUUCUCAGGCAGCGUACACCGGCAGCAACGUAGCCAACGCCCUUCUACUCCGUUCCACCACCGGGCGACCCACACCGAUGACCUCAUUGGCGUGGACCAGGAGCUCUCGUCAAGGUUAGCCCCGAUCGGUGUGGCCACAACGCCGUUGUCAUCGGUCGGACCUGUCUCGCAGGAGAGCAAACCGUCAAACAAUGCACUGCCUAAGCCAAGCCCCGCAGCGUUCAGAACUCCCGGGUCGACGGACCCCGUGCUAACCGAGUCUCCGCCCUCCGUGGCGCCGUCGCCGCUUAUCCCACCCCCGACUGGAAGCGGUCUCAAUCCCAGUGAGCGGGACAGGACUAUGCCCACGCUGAGCCCCUACCCGCCCCCACGGAACGGGGAGACGGGUAUGCCUCAGGCCAGCAGCGGCCCUGUAGGAUCAUCUAUGGGUAGGAACUGUGAUAUGGGACACUCAAUGGAUCAUGUGGGGUUGAUUGGUGACUUGAAGGUUGAGCGAGAUCUGUUGACAGGGAGAACUAUUGGGCAUAGAGAGCCUGUGAAGCAGGAGGAAGACAAAGUGUGGCAAAAUUUCAGGUUACCAAGUGAGCAUCAAAUGGACUCAAAGAGACCUCUUCUGCCCUUGUUGAGCUAUGAGAAACGAGAGGAGAAUGAAAAUAUGUUUGAUUCGCUUUAUGACCCAGCAAAUAACGAUGAGAUCUUCUGCCAGCCACACAAGAAGCUGAAGGAGGAGAAGCCGGUCCAGCCGGUCGCUUCGGUCUUGGACUUCCCCGCUGAGAUGGACGUAGGGCUGCGCCAUAACAGACCACCUUCGCCUGAAAAGGAUCCCUAUGAAUUCAUGGAGAAUGAAACAUCUCCUACACAGGGUGGUAGAAUGCCCAUCUCGGGCAGAGGGAGAAUGAAGCCUAAUGGAAGGACGAGAGGAGGUCCGAGAAGACCCAGCAUCAAGAAAAACAAGGUCAAGGACGAUGAGGUUCAGAGGAGAGCUGAGGAAGAGAAACCCAGACCCGAGACCUUGACGGCCGACGGACAAUCCAAUGUGUUCAACACAGAUCCCUCCAAAGCCAUGGGAGCUGCAGCAAACAAAGCACUGCCCAAUAAGGGGGAGACCAAACGCUUGAUGCACACGGACGACAUCAAGGUCACAGGGGUCGGCGAUCUGGAGAGACUCUUUGAAUCUUCAUCCUCAGAUGAUGACGAUACGGGUUUUGAUGACAUGGUGUCCCAGGUGAUCCAUCGAGGGGAAGAAUCAUCAACCAAACCCUUCGGCAACUCAUUACACAGCUCCACCGGUAUGCCAGGCUCCAGUCAAACGGGUCCCGAUCUUGCCCGGAUGUACCCGACCCCACCCUCCCUGGAACAGCAGAACUCUGCCUUCUCUCCCGUCAACCAGCCCUGCCAUGACUACAUCAACCACGGCUCGGUGCAGGGCAUCACGCAGCUUGAGCACAGUGCGGGAGGAGACUUCAACGAGAUCGAAGCGGACGAGAACAUGGGGAGUCCCAAGCCAGAGCAGAUACAGGAUUGGAGUUUUGUGUACAAGGUUCCACCCACAGAGAGGUUUGUUGGUCCCAGUAUGUACGCCCCGCUGAAGGCCCUACCAAGCAGCAAGCAACCUCCACUCAAGAUCCCAGAAAUGUGUCACUACAGACCAUCUUGGCAGUUGCCAUUGUCACCCAAGCCAGACCUUUUGCCUGUUGCUAAGGACAGUCUUGUUUUGGAGAUGGAAAUGAACAUGAACCAGCCAAUAGUGUUCAACGCACCGGGACCUACCCUCAUGCAAUCUCCUGCUGCCUACCCGGGGAGCCAGGAGCCUCGCAGUGCCGCCAACAUGGACCUGCAGUCUCCGGCCUCAGAGGCCUCCUCCUACGUCAGGAACAUCAACUCAAUAGAAGCGCCCACACCGGCCAGCAACAUCCCAGAGGCACACGGCCUCCUGGUGAACCUCACGCUGUCCGACUCGCUACUUAACAUCUACAAAGACAGGAACUUUGAUAGCAGCGUCAUGUGUGUGUGCAACAAGAACAUGUGCCAAUGUGGCUUCAGCGCUGUCAUGAACAGAAGGUACGCCGUGGGGAGCGGGCUCUUUGCCGAAGACGAAUCUGAAAUAACGGGACAGCCGGCCGAUGCGGCCCUCUGGACAUUCCACAAAGACAAUCCCAUGCUGGCGGGCAUGCCCGACCGCAAGCCGCUCUUGUCGGUGGAGGAGCCGUCGAGCGAGAAAGAUGGGAAAGAGGUUUCAAGGACAGCUAAGUGUGUAUUGAGAUUGAUUCAGGAACAGUGUAACAGUCCGUAUGCCACGCUGGCGAGGCUUGCAGGGUGUGUUCACAAGAGAGGUAUCAACAGUUCAGGUCCUCUGGCCAGGAGCCAGAUUGAAAUCAAUGAUGGCUGUGAUGCUUGUUUUGCUGCGCUGGAUCUGGGAAGGCUUCUCAUGGAUGGUACCGCUGGGAGUAAGAUGGACGAUACUCUCAAGAGCUCCUGUCUACAUAGCUGGCCCUACUCACCAGCAAUGGCUCGAAGCACGAUGUCCUCGCAGGACGUGGUGCGGACGCUGAGUUCACUGCAACCGUUGCUGCAGGACGCCAUACAGAAGAAGCGAACUACGAGGUUAUGGGAGAAGCCUUACACUGUACAGGGUCCACUCACAUGGCAGGUCUUCUUCAACAUUGGUGCCAGAGGUCCAGCAGAAACCCCCGAACCCCUCCCCAUACCUCGUCUUAUGAUCGGGCAUGACAAGGACUGGCUAUCAUCUUCACCUUUCGCCCUCUACUACUGGGAGAAGUUGAUGUUGGAGCCAUAUUCAUCCGCCAGGGAUGUAGCAUACAUUGCUCUGGUUCCCGAGAACAAAUAUAUCCUACGCUGUGCCACCAUGUUCUUCAAGGAACUCACUGCUGUCUAUGAGGGUUGUCGUUUGGGUAGACACGCCCCCAUCGCCAAGACGUUCCAGGAUGGUAUCAUGAAGAUCGGCAAGAAGUACGCUCAGAAGCUGAGCAACGAACCCGUCGACGUCUGGUUCACGGACGUGGCUCACCUGCCCGAAGCAGACAAACUCAAACUCUACGCACAAUUCUGCAGGGCCUAUGUUGCUCCAUUCCUGAACCAGGAACAGCCCGAUGCCAGCAUGUUCCGCACCUCUCGUCACCAUUCCUCCUCCUCCGGAGCCUCCUCGGGGUCCAACGUCCCCGGGUCGGGCAGCUACCCCUCCUCCUCUUCCAGCUCCAGCUACGUGGUGGGCAGUUCAAACACUUCAGGCAGCCAGGGAGGGGCUAUGCAUGAGCAGGGUAGCCAGGGCUCGGAUACCAGCAGCGCCAGCAUGCCUGCACCCAGCUCAACACCAAGCAGACCAGCCAAUCGGCAAGACUCCAAGGACGGCAGCUCCGCCUCCUCCUCCGAGAAUAAGGAGAACCUCCCCAAGGUGACCGCCCUGGAGACGGUGACCCCUCGUGACAGCGAGCAACCCCCGGCAGUGGUGGUGUACAUUGUGGACCCCUUCAGGAGGGGGGAGGACGCGGAGGAGGAAGGGGAGGUGUCGGUAGCCACCCUGGGCCUCAUGCACUGCUUUGCAGAGAUCUUCGACAAGCUGCAAGUGUCCCUCCAGAGGAACAUCGCAUUCCAAAUAAUUCCGUUACACCAGGUACUGCAGGUAGCCAACAGUGAGGUGUCGUCUCGGUUCUUGAACCAGCUCAAAUCGGUGGCCUUCUCCGUCUUCUCCCAGUGCAGGCGUUUCCAGAGCCCCACCAUCCCCGGCCGAAGUCUGACGGGGUUCGGACCCGCUGCAGACCUCGAUAGGACGAUCAUCACCAAAAACGCCGAGCACAACGAGGACAGACUGUACGCCCCUCCGUUCAUCCUAGCCCCCAUCAAGGACAAGCAGACGGAGCUGGGGGAGUCAUUUGGUGGUCUUCGGCAGGCUUGUGGAGAGCUCUUCUGCAGCUACUGCCUGUCUCACGAUCAGAGGUGGCUCCUGGUCUCCUGCACAGACUCCAAGGGAGAACUCAUGGAAACACAGAUCAUCAAUGUCGAUGUCCAGAACAGUAAGAGGCGGAAGAAGGUGUCCGUCCGUAAUAUCGCCCUCUACUGUCUCUGGGAUUUCUUGAUGGGUGUGAUAUCCAAGGCUUCUAUCCCCUGGAGGCUAGUCAUUGGUAGACUGGGUCGUCUGGGACAGGGAGAACUCAAAGAUUGGAGUAUGUUACUAAGCCGCAAGAACCUUGCCCACUACAGUCGUAAGCUGAGAGAGCAGUGUUCUAUGUGUAGCGUGCCAGGGACAUUGGACUUCCCAUGUAUUCUCAGUGCUUGCCUUGUCUCCACGGAACCAGAACCUGGUCUUAGCAUCAUGGCAGAUAUGGUAGCAGCGGACAAGUGCAGUAAGAACAGUCAGAGAGACCAGCCUAGCUGUCAGCUGCAUACACCAGACGAUGCGAGCUGUACUCAUAUCAUGGUCUUCCCUACCAGUGCUACUAAACAAGCUGCUGCAACAAACAUGCCACAGGAUCAGGCUGACUUGACCUUCAAUUCAGAACUACGACUUGACGACGAAGACCCGUUCUUGGUUGACGACCUGCUACUCAACAUCUUCAUGAAUACAUCCAACAUGAUGCCAGAUCCUAGUAACAUUCAGCUUUCAGACCUGGACCAGGAACCCAUUCCCACCGAUGGAGGACCAGCACCGGCUGCCCAGGGGCCUGGGAACCCAACCACAAGACAGCAACCUAACCAAGAGCCAGGGAUACCGGCUGAACCCGAAGACGUCCUCAGAGGCAUCUUACAGCAGCCCCUAGCCCUGGGCUACUUCAUCUCCACUGCCAAGACCGGCCCGCUGCCCAAGUGGUUCUGGUCUGCCUGCCCCGAGGCUGAAAACAGUUGUCCCGUCUUCCUCAAGGCUGCCCUACACGUCCACAACCCUUCAGAGCAACCAGAUGACAUCCUACAGACCAAACACUCCCAUCCCCUUGACUCAGACAGGACUCCAGAAGUUCUCAGGUAUGUGCUAGAGACUUAUAAUAGUCUAUCCUGGCUGACAGUGGACCCAUCAAGUGGCGAUAGACGGUCUUGCCUGCCAGUUCAUAUGGUGGUUCUUGUGCAGCUCUACAACACCAUUGCUUCUCUCCAGUGAUCUCUCUCUCUCCCUCCCUCCCUCCAACCCUUCCUCUUUAAUUGGCCUUUCACUCUCAUGUCGAGUAUCGGAUCCUCACUUGACCGUUGCUUGGGUUCUUGACCAUGGACAGUGAUGGACGUUUGCCUGGGAAGUUACCUUGAUGGAUUGUAAACCAAGGACCGUGCAGCCGAUUGACCAUGCUCUCCCCUGCCUCCAAUUCUUCCUCUUUGAUUGGCCAUUCACUCUCAUGUCGAGUAUUGGAUCCUCGCUUGACCGUUGCUUGGGUCCUUGACCGUGGACAGGGAUGGACGAUUGCCUGGAAAGUUACCUUGAUGGAUUGUAAACCAAGGACCGUGCUCUCUCCGGCCCUCUUGAGGACGGCUGUGAGGAGAGUUCAAGUCCUUGCCCUUCACCAGGUACAAGGUAUGGAUCUGUCAUCAGGGUACCAGUCAACGAGAAGUGCAUGCUUGAUGACUCCCUCGACAACCUCCUUGACAUGCUGCAUCCAAAGAGACAAGUUUCAGGGUGUGAAGUCCUACUGCCCCAUGGCCAAUGCAACUCUUUUCACCAAUCCCUCUGAAGCUACAUCUUAC